CAUUGUGUGCAUUUCUUUUCUUUUCUUUUCUUGUUUUGUUCGGUCUCCUGAGGAGGAGUUUCUGGUCCAGCUGGUUGCUCCGGUCCGUCGUCGUCAUUCAUUCAUUCGUGGCUUUUGGUUUGAACUUUGCUGCCACUUUAUCGCCAGAUAACGUCAUCCAAACGUCGUCCAAAGGUCGCCCGGCUCAAUCCCGCGGGGGUUCGCCGCUGAAAACCGCCGGCUGCGAGAUGGACUCUGCGUGGACACGUGUCCUCUCUGUGCACCAGGGGAUGGUGGACAACGGAGACAAGCGGACGGACCCGUGGCUGCUGGUCUACUCCCCCGUCCCAGUGGCGCUCAUCUUCCUGGCGUACCUCUUCGUGGUCUGGGCCGGCCCCCGUCUGAUGAAACACAGGGAGCCCUUUGACCUCAAAGGCGUCCUGGUCCUUUACAACUUCGCCAUGGUGGGCCUGUCGGCCUACAUGUUCUACGAGUUCCUGGUGACGUCCUGGCUCUCCAGCUACAGCCUGCUGUGCCAGCCCGUGGACUACAGCACCGAGCCGCUGCCUCUGAGGAUGGCCAACGUCUGCUGGUGGUUCUUCUUCUCCAAGGUCAUCGAGCUCGCCGACACGGUGUUCUUCAUCCUGAGGAAGAAGAACAACCAGCUGACCUUCCUCCACGUCUACCACCACGGCACCAUGAUCUUCAACUGGUGGGCGGGCGUCAAGUACUUGGCCGGCGGACAGUCGUUCUUCAUCGGCCUGGUCAACACGCUGGUCCACACCGUGAUGUACUCGUACUACGGCCUGGCGGCGCUCGGCCCCCACAUGCAGAGGUACCUGUGGUGGAAGAGGUACCUCACCUCUCUGCAGCUGCUGCAGUUCCUGCUGUUCCUCCUGCACACCGGCUACAACCUGUUCACCGAGUGCGACUUCCCCGACUCCAUGAACGCGGUGGUGUUCGGUUACUGCGUCACGCUCAUCGUCCUCUUCAGUAACUUCUAUUUUCAGAGCUACCUCAACAAGAGGAAGCAGAAAUAAGGCCGUAUAGCGGCGUACCAGCCCCCCCCCCUCCCCCUCGUUUGUUACGUCUGCAGUAGCCAGUGGUGUCCACCGGGGGCGUGGUGCUUUUCUUCUGCAUCGCGGAAGGAGAGAUGCUUUCGUACGGUUCAGAUCCGCCAGUCAAACCCCCCCCCCCUCCCCCCCUGCAUGGGAUGCGAGUGGAAUGUCUAGAGGAACAAGGAGAAGUAUGUGUCUGGGCCGCUGAGAGUGCGAAGUCGUGACCAGCGACAAUAAUUUAAAUUCCUGAGCGAGAAUGUUCCUCCGCAAUUUUCUGUAGUGCUCACAGUAAUAUUUUAAUUCUUAAAGUGCAAUGACGUGGCUCAUCGCAUGAUGCAGUUAAGCUGCAAUAUGUCUAAUAAUUAGUUCUGGAUUACUCGUCUAGUGUUAUUGUUGCGAGAUAUAAUACUAGGUCAACAACCUGCAAAUAUGGGCUGUAAAACCACCUUAAAAGGCACAUACUAUGCUGGAAAAUAUAAAUGUAUUCAGAGAAAAAAUCAUUCCUUUAUGGCAUUAUGUUUUUGAGCCUUUAUCCAUUUCCCAGGUUCAUUUUUUUUGUGGUCAAGCUCAAAUGCGUUUGGAGGAAGUGGUUGAGCUCCUCAUUCAGAAAGAGCAACGAGCAGUUGUGUAACAGGAAUCCACUCACUCACUCGAUGCAAGACACUGAAUAACCUGCGUGUGCACGAGAUGUUAAUCUGAGGUUAGAAGCGGGUUAACCUGCAGCACCAGGAGAGGAGUUCCUCCCCCCCCUGAUGUCACACCGCAGUCGAGAGUUAAUCGUUCUGUGGGCUGAGUUGUGUUUUCAGAAGACGGGAAGCUGCAGUCGUUGGGUUCGUUCCAGAGUGAAGUGGCAGGACCUGAAGCAGAUUGCUUGGAUGUGCCUUUAAGGGGUUCUUAUUCAAUUAGUUGUGUAGUUUAAUUUUAGUUGACCUCAUUGUACAUUUUCGGUUUAAUUUCUACAUUGUGACUGUAAGAUGUUUUUACAAGCUGUGGGAUAAUUGUCGUGCGUAAUACCUCAAUAAAAAUGUGAUGUUAUAGUGGACAAAGUCCAGAGUGUAACUUUGGCACCAGAACAAUCAUCAUGAUUAAAGCCAGUUAUUUGA